GGGUGCCUGGAGUCUAGGGAUGGAUACCUACGUGCGCAAGGGCUGCUGAUUAGGGCAGGGAAGGGCUCGCUAGAAUGAGCUCUUAAACUAGUUGGGUGUAAGCGUUUAUGGGUUGGUCUAAACCAAACCGAGAAUCAACGGGGUUGUCUGCGGGUUGAGAGAGUACCUGGCUGCAAAUAUCCAGUAGUGAUGGAUUGCCUUGUAGGCCCCAGAGCAAUCAGGGAAGUUAGUAUUCUUGUUCAAGAAGCUGCUGGUUCACUUAGCGCUAUAAGAAUGUCACCUUCAGGCCAUUCAGAGGAGGAAAGAGAGGAGAAUAUGAAGUCGGCCAAGCCCCAAGUGAACCACAGUCAGCAUGGGGAAAGCCAACGGGCCUUGAGCCCCCUGCAGUCUGCUCUAAGUUCUGCUGCAUCUCCUUCCCAAGCAUAUGAGACCUAUAUUGAAAAUGGACUCAUAUGCCUUAAACACAAAAUUAGAAACAUCGAGAAAAAGAAGCUCAAACUGGAAGAUUAUAAGGAUCGCCUGAAAAGUGGAGAGCAACUUAAUCCAGACCAGUUGGAAGCAGUAGAGAAAUAUGAAGAAGUGCUACAUAAUUUGGAAUUUGCCAAGGAGCUUCAGAAAACCUUUUCUGGGUUGAGCCUAGAUCUACUAAAAGCGCAGAAGAAGGCCCAGAGAAGGGAGCACAUGCUAAAACUUGAGGCUGAGAAGAAAAAGCUUCGAACUAUACUUCAAGUUCAGUAUGUAUUACAGAACUUGACACAGGAACACGUACAAAAAGACUUCAGAGGGGGUUUGAAUGGUGCAGUGUAUUUGCCUUCAAAAGAACUUGACUACCUCAUUAAGUUUUCAAAACUGACCUGCCCUGAAAGAAAUGAAAGUCUGAGUGUUGAAGACCAGAUGGAGCAGUCAUCCUUGUACUUUUGGGACCUUUUGGAAGGUAGUGAGAAAGCAGUGGUAGGAACGACAUACAAACACAUGAAAGAUCUACUGUCUAAAUUGCUCAACUCAGGCUAUUUUGAAAGUAUCCCAGUUCCCAAAAAUGCCAAGAAAAAAGAAGUACCACUGGAGGAAGAAAUGCUAACACAGUCAGAAAAAAACCCACAAUUAUCGAAGGCUGAAUCUGUCAAAGAGCCAGAGUCUGUAAUGGAAUUUGCACAGCCAGAGAUACAACCACAAGAGUUUCUUAACAGACGCUAUAUGACAGAAGUAGAUUAUUCAAACAAACAAGGCGAAGAGCAACCUUGGGAAGCAGAUUAUGCUAGAAAACCAAAUCUCCCCAAACGUUGGGAUAUGCUUACUGAACCAGAUAGUCAGGAAAAGAAACAGGAGUCCUUCAAGUCCUGGGAGUCUCCUGGUAAGCACCAGGAGAUAUCCAAGCCUACAGUUUCCUUAGAACAGAGAAAACAAGACACCUCAAAACUCAGGUCUACUCUGCCAGAAGAGCAGAAGAAGCAGGAGAUAUCCAAAACUAAGGCAUCUCCUAGCCAGUGGAAGCAAGAAACUCCUAAAUCCAAAGCAGGACGUGUUCAAGAGGAACAAAAGAAGCAGGAGACACCAAAGCCAUGGCCGGUUCAGCUGCAGAAAGAACUAGAUCCAAAGAAGCAAACUCCAAAGCCUUGGACACCUUCUGUGCAGAGUGAACAGAACACCACCAAGUCAUGGACCACUCCAAUGUGUGAAGAACAGGAUUCAAAACAGCCAGAGACUCCAAAAUCCUGGGAAAACAAUGUUGAGAGUCAAAAACACUCUUUAACAUCACAAUCACAGAUUUCUCCGAAGUCCUGGGGAGUAGCUACAGCAAGCCUCAUACCAAAUGACCAGCUCCUGCCCAGGAAGUUUAACACAGAACCCAAAGAUGUGCCUAAGCCUAUGCAUCAGCCUGUAGGUUCUUCCUCUACCCUUCCGAAGGAUCCAGUAUUGAGGAAAGAAAAACUGCAGGAUCUGAUGACUCAGAUUCAAGGAACUUGUAACUUUAUGCAAGAGUCUGUUCUGGACUUUGACAAACCUUCAAGUGCAAUUCCAUCGUCACAACCGCCUUCAGCUACUCCAGGUAGCCCCGUAGCAUCUAAAGAACAAAAUUUGUCCAGUCAAAGUGAUUUUCUUCAAGAGCCAUUACAGGCUACUUCUUCUCCAGUUACUUGUAGCUCAAAUGCUUGCUUGGUUACUACCGAUCAGGCUUCUUCUGGAUCUGAAACAGAGUUUAUGACCUCAGAGACUCCUGAGGCAGCAAUUCCCCCAGGCAAGAAACCGUCUUCACUAGCUUCUGCAAAUCCUUCCAUGGCAAAGGGCUCUGAACAGGGCUUCCAGUCACCUCCAGCAAGUAGUAGUUCAGUAACCAUUAACACAGCACCCUUUCAAGCCAUGCAGACAGUAUUUAAUGUUAAUGCACCUCUGCCUCCACGAAAAGAACAAGAAAUAAAAGAAUCUCCUUAUUCACCUGGCUACAAUCAAAGUUUUACUACAGCAAGUACACAGACACCACCCCAGUGCCAACUGCCAGCUAUACAUGUAGAACAAACUGUUCUUUCUCAAGAGACUGCAGCAAAUUAUCAUCCUGAUGGAACUAUUCAAGUAAGCAAUGGUAGCCUUGCCUUUUACCCAGCACAGACGAAUGUAUUUCCCAGACCUACCCAGCCAUUUGUCAAUAGCCGGGGAUCUGUUAGAGGAUGUACUCGUGGUGGGAGAUUAAUAACCAAUUCCUAUCGGUCUCCUGGUGGUUAUAAAGGAACUAACUUUCUGAAUGAAAAGCAGAUUGAAUUUGUGACUUACUGAAGUGGAAAAGUUUCACCAUCUUGUUUUACAAAGGAUGAAUUUUCAUAUUUUAAUAAUGUUUCUUUUGUAACUCAACAAAAGUUAAGUCAAACUCUGCUAAACGUAUGUCAUAUUUACAAAAUGCCCAUUUUCUAGUUAUUUGUUAGAUUAUGUCACAAAGACUAUAGAAUUUGAGAUUAUAAUAGUGAUAUUCUCUUAAAUUUUUGUUAUGGUUCCAAGUAUCCUAGUCACUACUUAUUAUUAACAAAAAUACUCUAGACAGGCUGAGUGCAGUGGCUCGUGCUUGUCAUCCCAUUACUUUAGGAUGCCAAGGUAGGAAGAUCAUUGAGGCUGGGAGUUUGAGACCAGCCUGGGCAGCAUAGUGAGACCCUCUCUUUACAAAGAAUUUAAAAAAUUAGCUGGGCAUUGUGAUGUGCACCUGUAGUCCCAGCUACCUGGGAGGCUGAACUGGAAAGAAUGCUUGAGUCCAAGAAUUUGAGGUUACAAUGGGCUGUGAUCUCACUACUGUGUUCCAGCCUGAGUAACAGAGCGGGACACUGCAUAUAAAAAAACAAACAACAAAAAAACAACUCUAGACAGAGGUCCUAAGUAGCUAACUGCCCUACCACCACCCACCCUUUCCCAGCCACAACCUGCAUUCCAGCAGUGGUAAAUGUCUAAAUCUGGCUUCUUUGAAGACAGCAAUGUUUUAUAAAUGUAUGUUUUACUAUGGAAGCAAUAUUAGUAGAGUUUGCUUAAAGAAGGCAUAAGUCUAACGAUGGCAUUAUAUAAUCAGUUUAACUUUUAAAGCAUAUAGAAUUAGACUGUUCAAAAGUAUUAUAUGGCCAGGCACGGUAGCUUGUGCUUGUAAUCCCAGGACUUUGGGAGGCUAAAGUGGGUGGACACAAGGUCAAGAAAUUGAGACCAUCCUGGCCAACAUGGUGAAACCCUGUCUCUACUAAAAAUACAAAAAAUAGCCCAGUGUGGUUGUGUGUACCUUUAAUCCCAGCUACUUGGGAGACUGAGGCAGGAGAAUCACUUGAACCUGGGAGGUGGAGGUUGCAGUGAGCUGAGAUCGUGCCACUGCACUCAGCCUGGGCAACACAGCGAGACUCCAGCUAAAAAGCAAAACCAAAACAACAAAAAAAGUUUAAUAUGAUUUUGUCCAUAAUCUUAUCUGUUUAUU